GGACAUGGCCAAAGUUGACAGAUCGUCAUCUCGGCAUUGUUUUUGUCUUCUUCUCGCGUUGCUGUUCAAACAAACCCAUAUCCAUGCUAUAUCCUUACCCAUGCUAUACAAUCCAUGUCUGACGAAAGAAGAAAAGUCUAAACAAAAUGGUUCCUGCAACUGGGCGUUUAUUUCAGCCUGUCUUCUUCUCAACCCUUGUUCUUCUAACCGUUCGCCUAGACAGUUCGUCUCUGCCAGGUCAACAGCACGGAUAUGGUCAUGUGUCUCUCGGAACCAGAUACCCUUGCUUGCCGUCCCAGCCACCCGGGACUUAUUGAUGUACAGUGCAGUACCGAUCCAUUCUGUCGGUCCUGAUUCUGACGGGGCUGAGCUUUGGUUUGGCUUUGGCUUUGGCUUUGGUCAUGGCCAUGAGCUGGGGAUGUGAUUCCCCGUGCCUUCGGCGAGUGCC